AUGGUCGAGCGUUCGCACAAGCCUCAGCUGCCCAACGUGGCGGCAGCCAAGUCGACCGCGCCGCAGCCCGUCGUCGAGAUCAGCGACGACAGCUCGCGCAUCACCGCCCGGCUGCCGACGGGCGAGAGCGUCGAGAUCAUGCUGUACGGCGCCACCGUCAUCUCGUGGAAAAACGCCGACGGCAGCGACAACCUGUGGUUGAGCGAGAAGGCCGUGCUGGACGGCUCUAAGCCCGUGAGGGGUGGAAUUCCUGUCGUCUUCCCGGUCUUCGGUCCUCCGCCCGCUGACCACGCGACGUCGGCGCUGUCGCAGCACGGCUUCGCGCGCUCGUCGCGGUGGGAGUUCCUGGGCAAGAGCACGUCCGAGUCGGGCGCGGCCAAGUCUGGCGCGCCGUCGGACGACUGCGUCAAGCUCGACUUCGGCCUGUACUCGUCGAACCUGAGCGCCGAGGCGCGUAAGGCGUGGCCGCACGACUUCGGCCUGGUGUACAGCGUCACCCUAGGCCCCGGCAGCCUGCAGACGGUCAUGAACGUUCGCAACGAGGGCCAGCAGCCGUUUGAGUUCCAGGUCCUGAUGCACACGUACCUGAGCGUUGCGGACAUCACCAAGACCAGCAUCACGGGCCUCCUCGGCGUCUCGUACACGGACAAGGUGCUCAACGCCAGCACGCACACGCAGGCCGAGGCCAACCUGACCAUCGCCGGCGAGACGGACCGCGUCUACAGCGCCAUCCCGCAGAGCACGACGUCGGUGCUCGUCGACGGCAAGCCCCGCUACGACGUCGUCCGCGACAACCUGCCCGACACGGUCGUCUGGAACCCGUGGAAGGAGAAGGCCGCCGCCAUGAGCGACUUCGGCCCCGACGACGGCUACAAGACCAUGGUGUGCGUCGAGGCCGGCGCCGUCAAGCAGUGGACCACGCUCGAGGGCGGUGAGACGUGGGAGGCCGGACAGACGAUUAAGAGCUUGCUCUGA